AUGGCUGCUGCAGGACAAGGCCAGCAGAUCGAUCUUGCAACGCUCUCAUCACAACAGCUUUCGCAAGUCAAGAAACAGCUCGACGAUGAGGUCCAACACUUGACCAACUCAUACCAGAACCUACGAACCGCGCAACAAAAAUUCCGGGAUUGUAUCGUGAGCAUSAAGAAUGGAGUCGCAAAUAGUGUGAAAGACAAACCCUUACUCGUCCCUUUAACCUCCUCUCUGUACGUCCCUGGCAAGCUCGCGGAUCCUGAGCGGGUGGUUGUGGAUGUCGGAACCGGGUUCUACGUGGAGAAGACUACAGACGAUGCGCAAAAGUUCUACGAGGUGAAGAUUGAGGAGCUUGGGAAGAACAUCAAGGAUUUGGAGAGCAUUGUCAAUGGCAAGGCCAACAACCUGCGGGUGGUGGAGGAGGUGUUGAGACAGAAGAUGCUCACUGGACAACAACAGGGUGGACAAGCAGCAGCAGGCGCAUCUUGA